CCCUCGGCUCGCACUGAUACUGUUGGCACUGCGUCUCGGAUCGCGUGAACAAUGUUCUACGUCGCUGUUGUGUGGCGGUACGCCGUGUGAAAUGUGAGAAACGCUCUGUAUUUUUCACGGUGGUACUUCCCAGAUGGCACUUCGUUUUCAUAGGUCCCCCUAUGGUUGGAACUGCACAUUGGUCGGCUCGGUCAGUUCACAAGAUCAAGGAUGGCGACGAGGCAGGCGCCGGGGAGCGCCACCAGCAGCAAGGCGCCGACCGAAGACGACCGCGAGAAGGAGUCGACCGUGUGGUCGAGCGACGGCGAGAAGGAAGACAAAACGCUGAGCGAGGACAAGAAGACGCGCCGCCGGGCGCAGAUUGCCAAGUCGGCGCGGAAGCACCGGAUCCGCCAAAAGCAAGAGCUGAUCGGUCUCCGGAACCAAGUGCAAGAGCUCACGGAGGCCUUGGCUAAGGCGCGGCGCGGUCCGUCGGCCCACCGCGGUGUCGUCCAGAAGACGGGCUCGAUCGAGAUUGCGCUCGGUGCGGCCGAGAUGGAAAUGAGCCACUCGCUCCGAGGGCUCUGGCUCAACGCGCCGCUGCAGGUCGACACAGGCCCCGGCCCAAACGUGUACCACCCGUUCCAUCACCUCGGUGUCGACCCCGUCAAGCGCAUCGCGAUGCUUUCGGAGAUCGCGCGUCCGGGCCCGGCCCGUAUGUACACCCAGGUCAUGGAGGACACACGUUCAAUCCCGUCCUUCCCGCCGUACGUGGAUGUGCGCAUGACGAGCAUGGGUGAGAACGUCAGCAUCAAGUUUUGCCGCGUCUGCGAGAUCACGAGCUUUGACCACCGCACGGUCUCGGAGGUGUUCUGGGACAUCUUUUGGGGCUUUGACGCCCAAGGGGUCGUGGACAACCCCGGCCUGUGUCGCCGCAAGCUCCUCAUGCAAGUCGACAGCAACACGCACUACGAACACAUUGCGUACACGGUGCCCAACAUGCCCGAGGUGCGGCUCGAGUCGCUGGACGUUGUGACGCGGCUGCAUCACCCGCAGUACUCGAUCUUUACGUGGGAGUCGGUGGACCGCGACGAUCUCGUGCCGUCGCCCUCGGACCCCCACACCAUUCGGCGCGAAGAAGUCGGCGGGGUGCUCUUUCAGACCGAGACGGACGCCGAUGGCUGCAUUCGGACGGUGCUGCGGACGGUCAUCUACUCGCGGCCCUUUGUGCGGACGCUGCCCAAGAUCUUUGGCGAUAUGAACGAACCGUUCGCGCACAUGUACUGCCGCCUCAACGUCAUCGCCGAGGAGCAAGUGUCGCGCCACCUGCUCCAAAAGUUUAUGACGAGUUGAGAUUAUACAUACACCAAUAGUCGUGACGAGUAUCGAGUACAUUCUAGUCGACUAGACCAGUCAAUUGUUCGACUGGCCGCCACGGUAUACUACGUUGCAACGUCUACGGUACGUGGGCGUACUACACACGUCGCUACAUUUUGGUGGCGACAAAGACAUUGUGAGAGCACACAUUGCGUCUACACCACGAAGUACAUUUAUUGUCUUAUUCGUCCUA